AUGAAGAUCACCAAUUGUGCGAGUUUCGGCGCUCUGGCGUUGUCGCUAGCCUCGGCAGACGCUGCGUCGUCGUCGUACAACGCCCGUACGUUCUCGAGUGUCAGCCCAUCGGCCUCGGAUAUCGCCAAGCAGGCCUCCAACGCUACCACUAACCACAGAACCUCGAACGUGCAAGGCGCUGCGGCCCGUGCGCUCACCAUCAUCUGGCUCGAAAACACCGAUUACCAGAAGGCCGCCCUCGACGAGAACUUGAUGUGGCUCGCUGCCCAGGGUAUCACCUUGGACAACUACUGGGCCCUCACACAUCCUUCGGAGCCCAACUACUUGGCCUCCGUCGGUGGCGAUUACUUCGCGCUCGACGACGACCGUUUCAUCAGCAUGCCUGCCAACGUGUCGACCGUUGUGGACUUGCUAGACACCAAGAACAUCUCGUGGGCCGAGUACCAGGAGCAUUUGCCUUACUCGGGGUUCAAUGGCUUCAACUACUCCAACCAAGAGACCUUUGCCAAUGACUACGUCAGAAAGCACAACCCAUUGGCCUUGUAUGACUCCGUCAACACCAACCCAGACCGUUCCGCCAACAUCAAGAACUUCACCAUGUUCUACAACGACUUGAACAGCUCUUCUCUACCACAAUACAGUAUCAUCACUCCAAACAUGACCAACGACGCUCACGAUACCACCAUCAAGGUUGCCGGUCAAUGGGCCCGUAACUUCUUGGAGCCUUUGUUGUCCAACGAAUACUUCAUGAACGACUCGCUAGUGCUCUUGACUUUCGACGAGAACGAGACCUACUCCGUCAAGAACAAGGUUUUCACCAUUUUGCUCGGUGGUGCUAUCCCAGAACACCUACGCGGUACCUCCGACUCCACUUACUACGACCAUUACUCGCAGUUAUCUUCUGUGGAGGCCAACUGGAACUUGCCUAGUUUGGGACGUCACGACGUCGACGCCAACGUUUUCCAAAUUAUUGCCAACGCUACCAACAUCACCAACCAGGAAGUGGACACCACUUACAAAAUCAACAACGCAACCUACGUCGGUUACUUGCUCGACACCGAUAUCGCACUCCCAGCACCAAACGUUACCGCUAUUAACAAGAACGGAAAGGGUGUGCUCAAGGAUAUUGUUUCGGUAUGGUCGUCUGAAUACUCCGCCCAGAGUUCCGCUACCUACUUUACUUCUACCACCACUACCCAAUCUUCGGUUUCUUUGACCGAUUUGGCUACUUUGGUUACCGCCAAUGCCAACGCUAGCAGCAUCCAAACCAGCACUGCUUCUGGAUCUCACGGUAACUCUUCGACCUCUGCGUCUAAGGGUAACUCCUCGACCUCUGUUUCUCACGGUGGUGCGGGUGCCGUUGAAAUUACUUGGACUUCCUUGGUCGCUUUGAUGAUCGGAUCCAUCUUUGCCUAA